AUGGACCAAAACCAAACACCAUCAACAACAACAAUGAACCAAAACCAAACAUCAUCAACUGCAGCAGUGUCACCUAUGAUGGUUGGCUUGAAACCACUAAUUAUGAAACAUCUAGCGAUUAGAGCCAUCACAUUCAUUUUCUUGUUUGUGUCAUUGAUUGUCAUUGCCACUGAUAGUUUUGAUACAUUUGACAUUUAUGGUUCUCCAGUCAAGGUUAAGUCCACUGACAUCUAUGCUUACCGUUGUAUGAUAUCUGCAGAUGCAAUUGGAAUGGCCUACACAUUGCUAUUAGUUUGGUUCACAAUUUUCCAUGUGAAAUCUGGAAGUCCCAUUGACAGUGGCCUUGCUUAUUUUGAAUUCUUUAGUGAUAAGAGUCUAGUUAGGAGUCUUCUUUUGAGCACUGAACGUGUAUAG